AUGUGCACACUUGAGUGGUUGGCUUACUUGGGCCGAACGGUGGAAACUGUCGCCUUUCUCUCUUUUUCAUUAUGGACAACUAUAACAUUUGCGAUUUUUUGUGGAAAGAAGAGACAAGUAACACAUACUAGGACGCUUGCAAGUGACGGUACUCAUAGCAGCACAACAUCAUCGUCGGCAUCAGCCAGCGCUAAACGUCUUGAUCGAAGAAGAAGUUCGAAACAACAUAAAGAAAGUAGAGAAGAAAAAAGGAAAGGACCUAAUGAUUUAUUCAAAGGUACACCAAAAAGCUCAACGAGACAGCAUGGAUUUAGUCCGACACCGGGGUUCGGAUUUAAGCCUGUCACACAGGAACGAGAGAAAAAGGCGGAUAUAAUGAACGAGCAACCACAACCCGAACAAAUACCGUCUCUUAUACCAUUGACAACAAAAACAUUGAGACCCGAAUCAACAAAACUGAAAUCCGUUAAAACAAAGCCGAUUAGUAAUAUCACGUUAAAAGAAACAGAAACGGAUAUCCAAGAAGGUGACGGGAAUUACGAGGACGUCAACCUGAUAGAUGCACCACCACCAGCUGAUGAAGGUCAGUACGAAAAUGUCACGCCUACGGACGUAGCACCUCCAGGAUUCCCCGAGGAAGUACUUCACACUGUGAAACCGGAAGCUCUGCGACAAGUCCCACCAACUGGAGAUUCUCAAAAGACAACACUUACGGUGGAUCCUCCAGCUUCCAUUUUCCCCACAACCGGUGGUCAAUUGAAGCACACUCUCAAAAAUCCCCGUCAAACCAGGAUGGUGUACAAGAUUAAGUGCUCAAACAAUAAUGACUAUGGCAUAAGUCCAGUGUACAGUUUUGUGGAAGCGGGUGGAACGGCUACGAUAACGGUAACCCGUUUACCGGGUGCACCGAAAGAGGACAAAAUGGUGAUUCAGUUUGUGGAAGCUCCAGCAGGCGGUAAAACUCCAGAAGAAGCUUUUGCGCUGGCAUCGCCUUGGUCGUAUGUGUCUACCACUGUCCCUCUGAGGACAGCCGCAGGCUUACCUCCACUCGCAGCUCCAAAGCCAGCUGCAGCACCUGCACGCCCGCCAAUCCCGCCCCCUAAGGCUCCAAUACCACCGCCGGUGCCACCACCAAAGGCUCCUGUACCUCCGCCAGCGCCACCACCAAAAGCUCCUGUACCUCCUCCAGUGCUGCCUCCAAAGCCUCCAAUUCCUGCAUACGUCAAGCCACCGGUGAUCCCAGCAUUUGCUUCGGGUGCUCCCAAGCCUCCUGGAUUGGUUCCUCCAGUUUCGCAACCUGCAGUUGCAGCCAAACCACCUGUACAGGCUGUGCCCAGCCCCGUCAAAAUUCCGGCUUCCGUCGUUCCGAAACAUCUGGCUCCUGCUGCUCCCACUCCUGUCGUCGCUCCGAAACCCUCGCUUCCUGGCAUCCCAAUUCUGAAGCCACCACCUCCUCCUAUAGCUCCGAAAGCUCCAAUUCCAAGUGCUCGUCCUCCUCCUCCUCCACCCGCUUCAGUCCCGAAACCAAUAGCUCCGACAGUUCCACCUACAGUCAAACCACCUGCACCACCUCCUCCAGUUAUUUCUAAUAUCCAAAAACCUGGUCCUGUAUCCGGAGUUCCUCUACCCGGCCAACCUUACCCUGGCCCAUCAGUGCGUGGCACCGCGAAACCGAUGCCGUUCACGGGAGGUGGAGUGUCUAGGCCUCCACUCGUUAGUGUAUACGUCGGUGCUAAACCGGAUCGAAAAAAACAGUAG